AUGACUCUAGAUAUCUCCCCUUGUAAGUCAUCAGAGGGUCAGUCCAUGACUCUAGAUAUCUCCCCUUGUAAGUCAUCAGAGGGUCAGUCCAUGACUCGAGAUAUCUCCUCUUGUAAGCCAUCAAAGGGUCAGUCCAUGACUCUAGAUAUCUCCUCUUGUAAGUCAUCAAAGGGUCAGUCCAUGACUCUAGAUAUCUCCCCUUGUAAGUCAUCAGAGGGUCAGUCCAUGACUCUAGAUAUCUCCUCUAGUAAGUCAUCAGAGGACCAGUCCAUGACUCUAGAUAUCUCCUGUUGUAAGCCAUCAGAGGACCAGUCCAUGACUCUAGAUAUCUCCCCUUGUAAGCCAUCAGAGGACCAGUCCAUGACUCUAGAUAUCUCCCCUUGUAAGCCAUCAGAGGGUCAGUCCAUGACUCUAGAUAUCUCCCCUUGUAAGUCAUCAGAGGACCAGUCCAUGACUCUAGAUAUCUCCCCUUGUAAGUCAUCAGAGGGUUAG